GGAUCUGUCAUUAGUUUGCUGACUGUUGUUUUUAUCUUUGAAUCUUUUUGAAAGGCCGUUUUAAUUUUUCUGUUUUCCUGUUUGCAAGGUUACGCGAACAACACGGUGCCGGUUCACCAACCGGGGAGAUCACUUGUUGAAAUGUUAACAGCCAAUACAAUGAGUAGUUUUGGAAAAGAUUCCUGACAGCUAAUCGCCCGCUGAUAUUAAAAAUCAGCAUUGGUUGUAACAAAAUGCAGACGACGGAUAUAGGCACCAAAGAAUGUGGGAAAAUCUGGUACCGAAAGCCAACGCCUUCACCAAGUGAUGGGGUCCUUAUCAGAGUGGUUCGCAGUGCAGCAGGAUACCAUUCCAAGACUGUUCGUUUUCUGCAGGCUGCCUUCGACACAACAGGGGAAGCGUUUUUAGCGGGAGACCACCAUGGAAAUACCUAUGUCUUUGAUAUCAGCAGAAACAGGUUCAGGCUUGUUCAGAAGACUGGGCAGGCUUGUACUGCUUUGGCCUUUAACCUACGCCGAAAGACAGAGUACUUGGUGGCUUUGGCCGACUACUCCAUCAAGUGCUUUGAUACAGACUCCAAGGAGCUGGUGAGCUGGAUGAGAGGUCACGAGUCUGCUGUCUCUUCAGUGUCUGUUCAUGGCUCGGGGAGGUAUGCCAUCACUACCUCUGCAGACACAGCUCAGCUCUGGGACCUGGACACAUUCCAGAGGAAGAGGAAACUUAACGUCCGGCAGUCUGUGGGAAUACAGAAGGUGUUCUUUUUGCCUCUGAGUAACACCAUCCUAAGCUGUUUUAAAGAUGACUCCAUCUUUGCUUGGGAAAGUGACACUCUGUACUGUAAAUAUCAGCUGCCAGUGCCAGAGGAGGGACCCAGGUUGCAUUAUAAGGCAUUUGCCGUCACAAGGGAUGGUCGCACACUGGUGGCUGGUGGGAAGUCCAACCUGCUUCACUUGUGGUGCUUAGAGAACAGGCAGCUUCUGAGAAUCAUUCAGAUGCCACCGAAAGUGAGAACUGUGCGGCACCUGGAGUUUUUACCCGACAGCUUUGAUGGGGGAUCAAGUCAAAUCCUGGGAGUUCUGAGUCAGGACGGAAUAAUGCGGUUUAUAAACGUUCAGACGUGCAAGCUGACCUUUGACAUUGGCAGUCAUGACGAUGGCAUCAGCUCAGCAGCUAUUAGCCCAAAUGGGCACCACAUCGUGGCAGUGAUGGAGAAUGGGAGCCUGAACAUAUAUAGUGUUGAGUCUCUGACCCAGGAUAUUAACAAGCCUCCUCCUCCUCUAGUGAAGGUGAUUUCGGGUUUUGAAAGAGGCAGCGGCGUCUCCAAAGAUGCAGGCCUGAGAAUGCAGGUGAAGUCUGAGCACGUGCAGAGGCCUGUCAGAUCAGCAGGGGGAAAGACCCAGACUAGAGUGCUAAGGCCCCCAGCCGACCCUACACCCGAGGAUAAAGAGAAUGAAUUACCCGAUGGACUGAGCAGGAAGAGACUACAGGCUUUGCUGAAAGAAUUUGGGGAAUAUCCAGCAAAAUACAGGAUGUUUAUCUGGCGCUCCCUGCUCCGCUUGCCUGAGAACCACGCGGCCUUCAGCAGCCUGGCAGCGAAAGGGCCACAUUCCGCCUUCCUGCGGCUUCAUGAGCACUAUCCCAUCAAGAGCCAGAAGCUACAGCGUGUUCUCCAGAGGGUGUUGUCAGCUCUCGCGCACUGGUCCGCCAUCUUUGGCGAGACGCAGUAUCUGCCACUGGUGGCGUUCCCGUUUGUUAAACUGUUCCAGAACAACCAGCUUAUCUGUUUUGAAGUGAUUGCUACUGUUAUAAUGAAUUGGUGCCAGCACUGGUUCGAGUACUUCCCCAACCCCCCGCUCAACGUGCUGUGCAUGGUGGAGAACGUCCUGGCCCAGCACGACAAGGAGCUGCUCCAGCACCUGGUCAACUGUGGAGUAACGUCACAGCUAUAUGCCUGGCCGCUCCUGGAGACCCUGUUUUCUGAGGUGCUGACGCGAGAGGAAUGGCUGCAGUUGUUUGACAAUGUCUUUUCCAAUCACCCCUCCUUCCUGCUCCUGGCCGUGGUGGCCUAUAUCACCUGCUGCAGGUCUCCCCUGCUGCACUGCACGCUGACAGAGGACUUUGAGUAUUUCUUCCACCACCGCAACAACUUGGACAUCAGCGCCAUGAUCAAGGAGACGUACCGACUGAUGGACAGCACGCCGGCUGAGCUCCACCCCCGACAUAUGCUGUGCGACUUUGAGGCCUUAACCAAGGGGCAGUACCCAGUCUUCAACAAGUACCCCACCUUCAUUGUGGAGUAUCAGUCUCAAGAGCGUGAACGGAUCAGGCAGCAGGAGAUGGAGUAUUUAAGGGAGAGACAGAUGGCGCAGGAGCUGCGCUCGGAGGCAGUGAGGCGCCAGGCCGAGGACGAGGCCUGGCACCGACAGCAGGAGCUGCUGCAGGAGGCUGAGGAGCACAGGAGGAGGAUGUUGCUGGAGGAGGAGAGCAAGCUGGCGGAACAGCGAGCCAGGUUGGUUGCUAUGAAACGGGAGCUGAAAACGAAGGAACUCCACCUUAUUGAUGCGGCACGGAGGCGCUUCAUCAAGUACCAGCAAGACCAGAAGAAAAUGGAGCUCAGGAGGCUUGACGAUGAGAUCAACAGAAAGGCUUCAAUGCGAGAGCAAGAAACGGCAACAGUGCUGCAAGAUAUCGAGGUUCGACAAAUGGAACUGGAGGCUCAGAGAAGGCUGUUUGAACAGCAACUGGCUAAAGAACAGGAAAGAGUGAACCAGGAGGUGAAAGGUGAAGUGGAUACCCAUCGGCGAAAGGCAGAAGCAGAAGACCAUGCAUUUCAGAAACUGGUAGACGCAGAGAAAGAUCAAGACUUGGAAACCAAAAGGGUGUUGGAGGAGUCCUGGGCUGAGGCCGACCAGCUGUGCACGGAACUGGGCUGGCAGGCCGAGGUGAGGCGGCGCCUGGAGCAGGCGGAUGCCGAGAGGGGGAGGUGCCACCUGGAGCUGGCUCGUCUGAACAGAGAGACCCGUGCCGAAGAGGUACAGCUUCUCCAGCUCAUGAAGGAGAUGGAGGGCAAGAGGUGGGAGGACGUUGUGGAGAGGAGAGCACAGCUAGAGGAAGAGAAGCAGGCAGCUGCCUCAGCAGAGGCUCAGCGGAAGGCCUUCCUUACUGCGGAGAAGGAGGAGGCUGAACACCUUGCCGACAGCCUACGCCAGAGUCAGGAAGAGUCCCUUGAGAGACUGAGGGAGCUGAGAGUCAGGUCUCCCUGUUCAGUCAGGGGAUUGCUGCCUAAGCCCAACACAGACCAGUCCGAGCCCCGAAACACCUGUCUGAACAUCCUGUCCUCUGAUGACUCUUCCACACACUUUUCUUUGGACAGGGGCAGAAGUGAUUUAGAAAGCAGGGAGCGGGAGCUUAUGUUGGACGUCCAGGAACUCCGACAGAAGAUUGCAGCCCAGGCCAGAAACACAAAACCUCCAGACCGUUCAUCUAGUACUUAAUAAUUCCUUAGAAUCCAGGGAGUGUCUUUUUUAAAGAAAGAAAAGCAAAUCUACAACCUGGCUCUUGCUAGUGCUAUACUUCCAUUUUUAUGCUUGUAUGUUGAAACUGUGGUUUAUGGGUUUUAAGUAGAAUGGAAAUUCUACUUUUACUGCGUUUAAUGCAGAUUCGUUUAAGCUGUUGGAAAGUCUGACUUGCAAAAAUAGAUUUUUUUUUUGCUUUAACAUUCAUUUAUUUAAGAUUAGUUAGUUUUAGAAAUUAGUUUUUCAAAUGCAGCUGUCGGCGGACUUGAGUAUGGCAACAUCACAUUCCCCCACUGCUGUGCAGAAGCUGUGAGCAUUGAGACUUUCUAAAAAUCAUAGAGGAAUGUGCUCACACGGAGGGAGAGGGGGAGUGAGAAAGACUCUGGCUCUGUAGAACAAGACUCCAUGCUGCUACAAAGCAGUGAAGUCUUGACAGGUGGUAUAAAGUUUCAACUUUAACCCAGGCUUCACAACUCCUCAGUACAUUUAGGCCCUUUUUUAAAGAUUCCUGGGGUUUCUGUUGAAAGAAGAGUGUGGAAAACACCUAUCAGAGUGACGUUUCAUGAUCUUCAAAUCCAAGAUCUGCACAUCUGUGAAUGUUGGGAUAGUUCUAGUGUCUGCUUCCCAUUCAUUUCAAACUAAUUUAAACCUCAAAUGUAAAGUUAGCAUCAGUGUUUUUAUUUAUGCACAAUUCUCUAAAACUGAAAGAGAUUCUGUAUGUAAACCUACAUGUAAAUAAUUGUGUAUUUUUUAAUUUAAGGUUUUUAUAGGUUUGUGAUAUUUGAUAGUCACACCUGUGACAGUUAUAUACCUGUAGUAUUAGCCAUUUAAGAUUUGUACUGGAGUCAUGGAAAUUAAAUUUUCCAUCAAUUAUAUCACAUGCUCAUAAUCACGGAAAUUAUCAAAAUAAAAAAUUAUACCUUUUGGA